CUCGAGGAACGCGGUGGCUUCCGGGGAAGAGGAGCUGUGUCUGCUUUGACGUUGCAGGCUGGGCAUCCUGGUGGCAGGUGUUGGGGGAUCCAGGACCCGCAGGAUUUCUGGUAGGUUCCACGUUCAGACAAGAUGUGGUACCAUUGAAACAUUGGUCUGCUUCGAUUCACAGACAAUUCACCUUUUCCACUGAGAAGCCUUAUUUUAUUUUACGGCUUAGGCCUACUGGACUUAUGAAACCAUGGCGGAAGGAAAGACCGAGUCUGGGCCCAAAAAGUGUGGCCCCUAUAUUUCCUCUGUCACCAGCCAGAGUGUGAAUGUGGUGAUCCGAGGGGUGGUGCUCUUCUUCAUUGGAGUCUUCCUUGCCUUAGUGUUGAACUUGCUCCAGAUUCAGAGAAACGUGACACUUUUUCCACCUGAUGUGGUCACAAGCAUCUUUUCAUCUGCAUGGUGGGUACCACCAUGCUGCGGCACAGCCUCAGCUGUGAUUGGGUUGUUGUACCCCUGCAUUGACAGGCAUCUAGGAGAACCACAUAAAUUUAAGAGAGAGUGGUCCAGUGUCAUGCGCUGCGUGGCAGUGUUCGUGGGUAUCAAUCACGCCAGUGCUAAAGUAGACUUUGACAACAGCUUCCAGUUUUCUCUCACGCUGGCUGCACUGUCAGUAGGGCUGUGGUGGACUUUUGACAGAUCCCGAAGUGGUUUUGGCCUUGGUGUUGGAAUCGCUUUCUUAGCAACUGUUGUCACCCAGCUGCUCGUCUACAAUGGUGUUUAUCAAUACACAUCUCCAGAUUUUCUCUAUGUCCGUUCUUGGUUGCCAUGCAUAUUUUUUGCUGGAGGCAUAACAAUGGGGAACAUUGGUCGUCAGCUGGCAAUGUAUGAAUGUAAAGUUAUUCCUGAAAAAUCUCAUCAAGAGUGAAGAAGGCAAAAAUCAGUCUUUUCUCUAGGAAGCCAUGGGAAAGCGGCGUGUAUAUGAUAGGCACACCAACGAAACUUUGGACUGUAAAAUUGCGAGGAUGCAGUUUUUCCUUGAUGGUGUGUGUGUGUGACACACACGUUUCUGCAGUCUGUGAUUGCUUCUGUAAAUCAGUUACCAACCUUUCGGUGUUUGAGUUCAAUAAAUGUAAGAUAUAUGUGCACUACAUGAAAGAUAUGUUUAUGAGUACAUGAAAUUUCUAAAUUUUUUAAACAUACCAUGCAUUGUAUCACAAUGUUGAUGUGCCAAACUAGGCUAUUACUGUCACAGAGAAUAAGAAUGCUUUGAACAAUUUAGAAAUUUAGUGAAACAGAAGAAGAAAGCUAAAAAGAAACCGAACAGAAAGCAAAUGGGUAGCUGGUCUUACCUCUCACUGACUGUCGUGCCUUUUCCUGUUUCUAAGCAGCUGUGUGUGUUCCGAGCACUCCGUGUGGGCUUGGUCUCUGUUUCAGAGUUUCGCUCUUACUGUGUUAGCGAUGAACUUCCCGUAGACGGUGUUAAACUGCAGUACUGCAGGCAUCCAAAGACUACUUUUCUGUGUUGACAGACUACCAGAGGUGUAUGUGAUGUCAGGGGCGUUACCAGCAUUAACCUACUUUGAGUCUCGAUUUGGAAAAGCGUAACUAAAAAUUAGGGGAUUUGACUAGAUAAAUGUGUUUGGGGAAUACUGUGUGGCCUUCAUUUCUGCCACAGAAACCAAAGUGAUAUUAGCUGUUACUUGGUUCGGAAGCUCACUGCUCUAGCACAUGGAUGAUUAAUGAACACCGGGCAUGUAGAUCAAAGUGAAGGCUCUGAACUACUACUGGGUCGAGAAAGCAGGCUAUGCUGGUGGGCCAGGCCGGGGCACCGACCAGCUCUGGCGGGCCUGAGUCUGCUGCCUUCCCAAGUGCGGUCCGAGGAUGGUGGACGCAGGACUCCUGUGUGCUGCUGUCUGCUGCUGAGUGGUUCCAUCCUUGGAGAGUGAAUCGAGAGAGCACUCACAGAGCUUCCUGGCCCAUCUCAUUAACAACUCCUGCCGUUUACUUACGGUUUAAGUGUAUCAGCGGACUUCCCACUCGCUCUUCCUUUCUGAAAUUGUUAAUUAGCUGGCAUACGAGGGUAAAUGAUUCCGAGUACUGUGGUGUGCGUGUGCUUAUGUGUUGAAUGUGUGAGAGAAAAUGUAUACAUGUGUUUGUGUGUGCAUGUGCCCAUGCGUUCCUACAGUGUCAAGUAGAUAUUUUAAAUCUUUUUCUUUUAAAGCAGUACUGAAAUCUUGUACACCAGAGUGUAAUGUGCUUUGUGUUCUCAGGCUAAGGGUGUGAGCAUCCCAAGAGUGUCCAUGUGGAAUAUGUGUACACAAGGCCAAUGACAGGAGUGGAGAGCACACCACUAUUGUUUAUUAGUCUGUCUUUCAGAUGCUGUUCAUUAGAAUAAAUAAGGUCUAUUUUUAGAAUCAAAUUUGUAAACACUAUAAAAUCUUUAAUAAGUUAUAAGGUCUAUGAUAUGUUUUCUUUGAAAAUUGCUGUUGAAAGCAAGAUGUAUUAAAUAUGUAACUAUCA